AGCUUCGGACGCACUUGCCAAGCUUCGGACGUUCAUGUGUAGCGCACGUAAAGUGCAUAGCGCACGUAUAUCGCACGUACAGCGUGUGCGCUAAAGUGCGCAUUCAUCGGAGGUUUGGAAACCGGAUCAAAAAUCGUACGACGGAUCUUGUAUUGAAGGUAGCAGAAAUAUCUUUGCCAUGUUUGGAAAGCAGCCUACGGCCCAGGGAGCGCCCGCUACCACGGGACUGUUUGGAAGCCAAGCACCAACUGCCCAGCCAGGGGGAGGAUUCGCGUUUGGUGGAACAGCCCCAGCUCAAGCUCCAGGAUCUGUCUCCAGUGGUGCAUUUGGCUUUGGGCAGCCCCAGACCAGCCAGCCUGCCACAGCGCCAGGGGGCUUCAGCUUUGGCGCUACCCCUUCCCAACCGCAGCAGGCACAGGCUACGUCCUCUUUCUCGUUUAAUAGCAAUACGGCUGCAGGGGGCGGGGCCGCAGGAGGAUUCAAGUUCGGGGAAGCCCCUAAGCAGCCAACUGCUCCUACAGCCACAGCCACAGCCACGGGAGGCUUUGCCUUUGGAACCGCAGCAGCUACCCCUGCUUCAACAGCUGCCCUCAAUGUUGCAAAGCCGUCUGGGUUCUCAACUAUGGGGACAGCCUCUGCAGGAUUUGGCGGUACUGCACCAGCAUCGACACAGCCUCAGCAACCAGUUACAGGCCUUUCAUUAGCAUCCACAGCUAAACCUGCUACUGCCGCAUCAGGGUUUCCGUUCGGUGCGACUGCACCAGUAUCCGCACAGUCUCAGCAACCCUCUACAGGCUUUUCAUUAGCCACGCCUGGGGCAGGAGGUUUUGCCUUCGGAGCCAACCCAUCUGGUGCCGCAGCAGCUCCCCCAGCUUCAACAGCUGCCCUCAGUGUUGCAAAGCCUGGGUUCUCGUUGGCAGGGCUCUCGGCAGGGACAGCCUCUACAGCUGCCAUAGCUCAACCCAAUCAGACGGCCACUUCCACUCCUGCAGCGGGGGGUCUGGCCGGAGGUCUUGGCGGAGGGAUCAAACUCGGAGGAUUUGCAGCACCGACAGCUACGCCUCAAAGCACAGCAGCAGCGUCCACUGGUCUGAAGUUAGGCACAAUGACAGCCUCAGCCCCAACAGGGGGCUUGACACUAAGUGCCGGCACAACCUCAACACCAGGAAUAGGAGGUGGUCUAAAGAUUGGAGGUGGCCUUGGAAUAAAGCCAACAGGAACAGGUCUAACUAUCGGCACACCUGCAUCCAGUGCUGCAACUACCUCCUCAUCGGGUCUUGGUCUACUGGGGCAUAAACCAGCAACUGCUACAACGACAGGAGCUGGGCUUGCACUUGGAGUCAAAGCUACAGCAGCUACUGGCGCUACCGGUCCUGCGGAGACAAUGUCUUACAGGGAGCUUGAGGAGUCUAUCAAUAAAUGGACGGUGGAGUUGGAGGAGCAGGAGAAGAGCUUCCUUCAUCAAGCCGCUCAGGUCAACGCUUGGGAUAGAACACUGGUUGUCAAUGGAGAGAAAAUCACAUUACUUCACAACGAUCUUGAAAAAGUGAAAGCAGACCAGCAGAGACUCGAGCAUGAAUGUGACUACAUCGUAGCCCAGCAGAGGGAACUAGAAGACAUCCUGUCCCCCCUGGAAGACGCCUGCAAGACACAAGAGGGCUCCCUCUAUAGGCAGCAUACAGACGUGGAGAGGGAAAGAACUUACCAGAUGUCAGAGAACAUAGACUCACAGCUGAAGAGAAUGGUACAAGAUCUGAAAGAGAUCAUCGAUCACAUGAACACAUCCAAUACAACCAUGGACCAGACAGAUCCGGUCAACCAAGUUGCCAAGAUCUUGAAUGCUCAUAUGAACUCAUUACAAUGGAUUGAUCAGAACACAGGUCUUGUGCAGCGAAAGGUCGACGAGGUCACGAGGCAGUACGAGAUGAUCAAGAGAGACCAAGAGAGGAAUGUUCAUCUCGCUUUUGAAUGACACCUUGAGACCUGUCGUACAACCCAUGCUCCUGCAACAACUGCUUCGUGGUGAAACUCCUACGAUUACCCAAAAUCUUAACUUUGACCCAGACUGCUGUACGAACAUCGGGGAACAUUCAGACAAAUCUGUUUUCAUGAAAUGCUGGGAACUCUGAUUUUAGGAAGAAACAGGAUUUAAAGCCCCACUGCACUACUUAUAGCUACUUGCUAUUUAGCAAACAAUGCCUAAUCAGUGACCAUUGGCCCCCCAUGAUCCCCUGUUUCCUCUGUUAAUUGUGAGCUGAUUUGAUGAGAUAAUCAUCUGUCGGUGACCAUGAUGGGAGGUCUAAUCCCUCCUGGCCAAACUAGUACAGAGGGGCUUUGAGUAAACUCUGCAUAGCUCGAUGACUUUUAUCUGUAAAAUAUCAACAAGCUUGAUGGAAAGUACAUUCAAUGAAACCAAAUGUGCUACCGGGCAAUUGCAUACAAUGUGUCCUGUGCGACAUACACUGUUUGUCUUUCUUCAAUUUAUUUCAUCCAAGAAUCAACAAAUGUCUUGAUAUGAAUAAUAUUUGUGGUACAAGAAAUAACCAUUUGUCAUAUAGAGAGAUUUUCACAUUUGGAUAAAGUACAGUCAAAUUGGUCUCACUGGCCACCUGUCUAUAGUGACUGGUCACCCAUAUUGCCUCACUCUAAAAGGAAAUGUGUCUUGAAAAACCUGUCUAAACGGGCCACAUGUCCACUGUUGCUACUUUUUGUGUUUUUCCUAGAAUGGCCGCAACAGACAGGUUUGACUGUAAUGUGCUAUGUUGUAUGGGACACAUUGCAAAGAAUCAACCUACGAGACUUACAACGUUGGUCUCAUCGACCUUUGAGAAGUUGUCUAAAGGUCCACUACAUGGACAUUUUUGUCUCAUGGGCUGUUGG